UUCAGACGCCUUGCAGCCAUAUUCGUUUACCUUCUUAGGUAGCUUCAACAGUUUUCAGCUUAUAACACGUCGAGUUUCGCUUCAUUUUAUCAACAGCUCGUCAGUCUGCACAGAAGUCAUGUCUGGUGAUAUGAGUAUGCACGCUGAGAAGUGAUUACUAAUAUUCCUUUUUAUUCAUAAUAUGAAGCCCGAUUAUGAGGAAGAUGUUGACGAUAAGGGAGAAGAAGAAGGGGGAAAAUCAACUAUUGACUUGCAUGCGCAAGAAUCAGGUCCAGUAUAUGGGGGAUGUGAAGGUCCUGAUGCUAUGUACGUCAAGCUUGUAAGCAGCGAUGGUCAUGAAUUCAUAGUCAAACGAGAGCAUGCCCUGACCAGUGGUACAAUCAAAGCCAUGCUCAGUGGUCCUGGCCAGUUUGCAGAAAACGAGGCAAAUGAAGUUAACUUUCGUGAAAUUCCCUCCCACGUACUACAGAAGGUCUGUAUGUAUUUCACAUACAAGGUGCGUUACACGAACAGCAGCACGGAAAUUCCUGAAUUCCCAAUAGCACCGGAAAUCGCCCUGGAACUAUUGAUGGCUGGAAAUUUCCUUGACUGUUAGAUUGAUUCUUUAAACGGCUGGAGGCACGCUGAUGGAGCCAGUUGAGAAAAUGCGCUCAGGAUUCAGAAACACGUCGAUCAUACAGACGGUGUUUUAAGAACUGUGUGAUCUUAUUGUGAGACGAGCUAAAUGCAGGCUAGAUUGUCCUACCUCUCGGUAUCAUAACCGAAUCGUGAAUAGAGUUCUCGUGCGAUAAAGUUGCGUGCCGAAAACAAAGUUUACGAUCUGGCCUAACAACGUCGAGUGGAAUCCUGGGCUGAUAUGCGAUUGCAAAGCGACAACGUCGUUUAGUGCUGGACAUUUAACGAACACAUUGUACCAAUUAAUAAAUGAUUUAAAUUGAUUCGCAACGUAA